AUGUGUAGAGGGCUAGAAGAGAGCAACCGAGGGAGUAAUUUUGUAGCUCGGUCGUCGAGCACUGACGACGACACAUGCUCGGUGGUGUGCGAGCUGUGUAGCUCGGCGGCUUCGGUGUAUUGCCAGGCCGACGAUGCGUACUUGUGUAGAAAAUGCGACACAUGGGUUCAUGGGGCUAAUUUCUUAGCCCGGAGACACAUUAGGUGCUUCCUUUGCAAUACAUGUCAUAAGCUCACCAAGAGAUAUCUUAUUGGAGCCUCGGUUGAGAUGGUUCUUCCAACUCUUGUAACUACUUCUUCAACUACUACUUCAUCGGAUCAGCAAAGAAGCCAGUGUGAUUCUUCUCUUUCCAAAACUAAUUGCUCUACUACACUAAAAACGCCCUUCUUAUUUGAUGGAAAUGUUGGGAUUUAA